GUAAAGCACCCAGAAGUGAACAGGCUGACCCGGAAGCUGUGCUGUCUGGAGGCGCAUAGAGAACAUCCAGCCUCUUCUCUGCUUUAUUAAAGCCUCUCCUGCGAGGAAAAAACACUCUGACAUCGAUAUAAAAGAAGGAUGGCAGAGCCUCGAUUCAAUAAUCCAUAUUUCUGGCCACCACCUCCCUCUAUGCCUGGUCAACUGGAUAACCUGGUUCUUAUCGACAAGAUCAAAGAGCAGCUGAUGGCAGAAAAAAUUAGACCUCCGCAUUUGCCACCCACCACGGUUCCCUCUCAGCAAACUCUGCUGCUGGCCUCUUCACCUUCAGAUGGUGGGCAGCAUGUGAUGUCUAUCCCCAAGCUGCAGCAGGUGCCGGGCCUUCAGGCCCACAACUCCUCUCAGCCUGACAUCGCCCUGCACGCCCGCCCAGCAUCCAGCACCAUCGCAGAGCUGAAUAUAGAUGACAAGUCUACAGUGAAGGCAAAGGGGUUAUGGGAAGAUUGGCAUAUGCGACAAGCAUUGGACCAAGUCUCUAGAGCAAACCAUCGUACAGCAGGUCUCACGCUAUCAUCCCGCACAGAAAGCCACAACACCUCUGAGGCUAUAACUCCCACAACCCCGACGUCUAGCAGCCAGAACCGCAUGGGCGGCACACCUUCCUUAAACACUAUUUCUGGCCUGGCCAGCGGUCCUGGCAUGGAGCAUGUGAAAAGUGGAGGUCUGGUGGGGAUGCUGGGACCACAGCCCAGAGCUCCACGGGGCCGCAAGAAGAUUAAAGCAGAGAACAACACAGGCCCAUUGUUGGUGUUGCCCUACCCGCUUCUGGCCUCAGGCCCUGACCAGGCGGUUACCAUCGCCAAAGAGGGAAAAACAUACAGGUGUAAAGUGUGUCCCCUUACUUUCUUAAACAAGUCAGAGAUGCAAAUUCAUUCCAAGUCCCACACGGAGGCCAAACCCCACAAGUGCCCUCACUGUUCAAAGUCAUUCGCCAACGCCUCAUACCUAGCACAGCACUUACGUAUUCACUUAGGCAUAAAACCCUACCACUGCUCCUAUUGUGAGAACUCCUUCCGCCAGUUAUCACACCUCCAGCAGCACACCAGGAUUCAUACUGGUGACAGACCAUAUAAAUGUGGCCAACCAGGAUGUGAAAAGGCAUUCACACAACUCUCAAACCUACAGUCUCACCAGAGACAACAUAACAAAGACAAGCCAUACAAGUGUCCGAACUGCUACCGCGCAUACACAGACUCGGCCUCCUUACAGAUCCAUCUCUCCGCACAUGCCAUUAAGAACGCUAAAUCGUACUGUUGCAGCAUGUGUGGUCGUGCAUACACCUCAGAGACUUACCUUAUGAAGCACAUGUCCAAACACACCGUGGUGGAGCAUCUGGUCAGCCACCAUUCCCCACAGAGAACAGAAUCUCCCAGCAUCCCCAUACGCAUUUCACUUAUUUGAGCUUCCUCCCUCAUGCUUCUCUUCCAUUACAAGCUCUUAGUGAUAUUAAGCCUACAGGCCACAGACUCAACAACUGCUGUCUGAACUGAAUUGGUUCAAUUCAACUCCAGACACCAGUCUAAAGGAUUUUAAUCGAUUAUUCCAAAAACAGUGUCACAGUUGUGAUCAUUUUAACAUUUUGUUUCAAAGGUGUGUAAGGGAGACUUCCAAAGAUACUCUUUAAGCACUUUUUAGCCUCGUGGUUUUGACUCAAAGUCGAAUGAAUCUUUUUUUAGAAUGGGAGCAGCUUCUCGCUUUGGGCAGCUAUGAGAGUUUAAACUUCGUUUUAACAGAAUAUUGUGUUUUAUUUUACUGUGGAUGUGACACUUCUUCCACUUUAAGCUUCUGUUAUUCUUUAUGGUCAUGGUGAGAAAUGAAAGGUUACAUUUUGAGUUCUGUAUGCCGUGACACCGUUGCGGUAAAUUCAGUUUUGUGGAUUUUAUAAGAACGCUCAUUGCCCCGAGUAUUUUGUACUCUCAAAGGUGAAGGAAUUCCAGGAAAUCCCCCACUAACAUAAAAGAGUAUCAAUAAGAUAUGACACUCUCUAAAAUAAUGACUUGUGUUGCUUGCAUCAUAGAUGUUUUACUUGUUUCAGUUUUUGUGUGCAAUUGCCCUUCCAAUCACAGUAUUUUAAGGAAAAGUGUCCUUUUUGCCUUUUUUUUUUAAUAAAUGGCAUAAUUGCAUGAUGACAAUGUCCAUUAAAUGGAUUUUUGUCAUGAUGUAACAAAAGAAGUGUCACACAGGUUCAGUGUUGUUAACUGAAUCACACACAUUUAGGGUGUAGCGUGACCUCUGAACUCCGUUAAGUGUUAAUGCCCUCUAUUCUUUCUAACAUAAUCGAUGCAAAAGCACUUGAGACAUUAAGUUACACCGAUGGAAAGUGUUCAUGGGUUUUUUUUAAUUUUUUUUAUUAUGAUGUAAUCUAAAAGCAGUGGCCUAUUUUUAAAUGUUUUUAUUUAUCAAAUUAGAAUCUCGUAUACCAAAAUAUCAGUAAUCAGUAGUGAAAAAAGCUCAUUUUGAAUGUAGUCGUAUUCAUUUCCACCGGUGCGUUUCUGUUAAGUUCAUCCAAAAGGAAUAACUCUGUAAAUCUGGUAUGUUUAACAGAUUUUUUUUUUUUUUAAAUACAGUAUAUAUAUAUUUGCUCUGACCAGCAUACAAGCUGAUAAAACAUUUUUAACAGUAGUUGUUCUUACUGAGUUAUAGCACAUGUGGUCUAUUGAAUCAAUUUGAUCAUCAUACAUGAUUAUACUUGCCGUGUGUGAAUUCAACAGGCCACAACACUGCAGCUCUACAACAACAUACAUUUAUUUUUGUGGUAAUUUAUACCAGUCAUUUGUUAAGCUUUUAUUUUGUUUUUAAUUCAUGUAUAUUUAGGAAACUUUUUUUUGUCUAUAUGUUUGCAAAGGACCAAGCUUUUCUCCCAAAUUUCCCCAGAAUAUAUUUAAUUGUGAUUAUAUAUACAGUUUAGCUGAUUUGUUAUGCAGUAAUGGUUUACUGGGUCUAACAGAAUUUCACAGUUUUAGAUAACAGCAAUUUGGUGAGGAUCUACUUCUUGGUGCUUUCUACAAAACCUCAGCUCAUUGUCGGGAAUAGAUUGUUACAUUACAAUAUAAUCUUGGCUUGUUCAGUCCUCAGAUCCACUUUAAAUCAGUAAGAUGUGUACAUUUACUACAAAAUAUACCCUGUAUUCAUCAUUAAUAGUGCAAAUUGCAAGGUUUAGAUACUGUACUUUGUUCAUUUUUGUAUCUGUUUAGUAUAUUUCAACUUAUUAAUAUUUGUUUUUCUGUAAGUACUGAUCUAUGUAAGUUUUUAUAGGUAUCCUUGUCCUUCUUAUGUGUAUGCCUUAAUUUUAUCAUCGCUGAAAGACUGGUUUCUUUCUCUUUCUCCCUUCAUGUCAGUGUUUUUCAGUAUUUGGUUUUCUUUAGCCUUUUUUCCGCAUGGAACACAGUACUCGUUAUUAAUUAACUGUUAACGUAUUAUGUAAGACAUUGUUAAGUAUGUUCUGAAAUAAUUCACGUUUUCCUUUGUCUUGCAUUGUGGUUCCAUACAAUGAUUUUGUUUAAUAUGCACAGACAAGACUGAUAGGUGAAUUAAGAAAAUAUCAAUGUCAAGAACACUUUGUAUCUCUAUCUUGUUUACUAAAUUCAGACUGUUAUACCUGA